UAAUGAACAGAAACAAUAAAACUUAAAUACAGAUGAGGUGAUUAUUGACAAAACAACUGAGCAAAAUGACAAAUCAAACAAAACUGAGUGCAACUGUUAUACUUUUUACAGCUCUACUCCAAAAAGGGCUUGUCAUGAGCUGUUCAUUUCUUUUUCAGAUGCAUUUGGUGUUGAUCCAGAUGGUGUGUCAGUGAUGGAGGGAGAUUCAGUCGUUCUACACACUGAUGUUAAAAUGAAUGAACAAGACAGAAUUAGAUGGUAUUUUAAUAGCAUUCGCAUAGCAGAAAUCAUUUAUAACCACAGUAAGAUCUGUCCAGAUGAACUGUGUAAAAAGAGAUUCAGAGACAGACUGAAACUGGACAGUCACACAGGUGAUCUCACCAUCAUGAACAUCAGAACAACAGACUCUGGAGUUUAUAAACUACUGAUGAACAGCCGCAACAGUGACAGGAUUUUCAAUGUUGCUGUCAGUGGUGGUGUUUCUGCUGCUGAACGAGAUGAAAUGAACAGAAAGACAGUGGACAAGAGAGAAUCUGUUACUUUAGAUAUUGGUGUAAUAAACCCAGAUUGUGUGAUAAAAUGGUAUAUUAAUGACACUUUCAUCGCUGAAAUCACUGGAGAUCAGAAUAAGACCUGUACAGAUGAACAGUGUGAUGAGAGAUUCAGAGACAGACUGAAGCUGGAUCAUCAGACUGGAUCUCUGACCAUCACAAACAUCACAGACUCUGGACUUUAUACACUACAGCUCAUCAACAGCAGAUUCAGCAUCAUUAGGAGCUUCAGUGUUACUGUGAUGGGUGAGUGAAAACAGUUUUAAAUACUUAAAACGUCCAGGUAAAUGUUUUCAUUGUGGAUCAUCUCUCAUCUUCAAAUGCACACCAAAGCAAGAGAUAAUUGUCACAUUGAGUUCUACAUUAAAAAAAGUAACAUUUUGAAGCCUAUUGUUCAUAAGAAAAAAAAUGCAUAAUAUUACCCAGUUUUGCUGCGAAAGUCACUGUUGCUAAAAAGAAAAAAAAAGGAAAAGAAAAAAACACAUGACACCAUUUAUCAAUAUCAUACAACUUUCUACUGAAAUUAUUGGUAGAGCUGGUUAUCAGUUGAUCUCUAGUAAUAAUGGCUUUCUGUCUUUAGCUUCUCUAGGUUCAGGCCCACAUUUAUGUGCUGCAAGUGCUUCUGUUAUUGGUGGUUUUAUUGGCUUUAUUGUUGUUCUGCUGGUCAUGGCUAUAGCAGCUGGUUGUGUGCAUAUAAUAAUGGCAAGUAUCACAUACAAAUUAUUGUACAAAAUGUAAAUAUAAUAUGUAUUAUGCAAAAAAAACAAAAAAAAAACUUUUUUUUAUUUUUAUUCCAAUUGGCCAAUUAAGAGUUUGUUAUUAUUGCUCAAAAAGGAACAGCAGAGGAGUGCAAGCAAUAUCUGUCUGGAAAAAAAACAGUAGCUGUGUAGCAGGGCUGGACUGGUAAUCGGGCAUACCGGGCAUUUUCCCGGUGGGCCGACGCACUGAAGGGGCCGACAGAAUUUUUUUUUUUUGUUUGUUUGCCAAGGACCAUCACGAGCAGUCAGUGGGCCAUUGGUUUGUCUCCUGAAUUGACAGCGUAAACCACCCAAUCACAAUGCGCUAUAGACGGAGCUAUGAAGUGUUUUGCUUCGCCUAUAUAAAGAACGCUUCACCCCAACUUCUUCGUCGUCGGCUUUUCCCACGUUUUCACAGCAGCUUUAUCAAGAACAGGCUUGCUCUGCGGUGAGUGAUGCGGCGUAAAGAGCCAGCAGGAGGAGGAGAGGAGAGCAGUUGAAUCGGUAAAGUGCUUGAUAGAGACUCACAACGGAGGCAGGCAUCUAUCCUG